CAAGUUAUUCAACGAAACGGUUGAUAACAUCUACAAUUUGAAAGUGAUAAAUAUAAAAAGUAAACAGAUUUUGAGCUUUGAAAUAUUUUCGAAAUCAAAAACAUGUAUCUGUAGCAAAUUGCUCAAGAUAAAAACACACAAAAAUUAAGUUUUGACUCUUGUUUAAACUGUGAAGCUGCCGUUUUGCAAUCGUGAUCUUUGAUAACCAAAAAAAUAAAAAUAAUAAGAGUUAUUGAAAAUGGAAACCACAGUUAUAACGACCACUACAACAACCACGACAGAAUUAAAACGCAAUGGGCGCAGCAACAAAAAGAAAAAUCUCGAUGGUCAACUAACUGCAGAGUUGACCACGGACAUCUCGCAUCAGUUUCCGGCUAAUGAGGAGCCUAAUGUGCUGGGACAUGGCCCAGACUUUGAUGACAAGUUGUCCAAAUUGAAGUGGCUGUGCAACUUUGAUGAUGCGCCCACCCAUUUGAAGUUUAAUCCGUAUAUACGUCGUGGAUAUCGCACAUUCCUCUCCAACAAGCUCUGCCUGCAGAGCAUAUUCUGGUGGACCAAUGAGACGAUCAACAUCUGGAGUCACCUGGCUGGUUGCAUACUCUUCAUUGGACUGACGAUCUUCGACUUUCAAUUUCUGCGCGAACAUGCGGCAUUCAGUGAUCAAGUGCUCGUCGUCUGUCUGCUCGUCUGCUUCUGUCUGUGCAUGUUGCUGUCGGCCAUAUAUCAUAUAUUCUCCUGUAAAUCGGAGGAGCACUACGAACUGUUUCUCUCGGUGGAUUUCCUGGGAAUAUGCUUAUCGCUGGUGGCCAUUUAUAUUAGUGGCAUGUACUAUGCUUUCUGGUGCCAUACGUUCUUGAGAACACUAUACUCUACCAUUGCGCUGGGCAUGUUUGGUUUGGCCAUCGCUGUGCAGAUACCAAAAUUGAAUGUAUCCAUGAAUGGAAAAGUUGCUGUGCUUUUACUCUGGUCAGCUUACGGUAUUCUACCUCUUGGCCAUUGGGCAGUGAAAAUGGGAGGAUUGGAGCACGAGCUGGUUGGAUUGAUGGUGCCACGGAUUGUCAUCAUGUAUGCGCUCUGUCUGGUGGCAUUUGUCUUUUAUGCCGCCAAGAUUCCAGAGCGUUGGCUCAAUGGCAAAGUCGACUUUGUUGGCCAUUCGCACAAUUGGUGGCAUCUGAUUAUUGUUGCCGCCUUCUAUCACUGGCACAACACGGGAAUUGUCUAUGCCGAGUAUCGUUUAAACAAUGGCUGCAGUGCACCCGUGCUCUCCUAAUGUAACAGGACACCUCCAAGGACUUUGCUUGUCAAAUGUAUAUAUUUAUAGUUUAGAAGCUUUAAGAAUUAACUAAUAUUUAGUUGUAGCUGUUGAGCGAUAUUGUUAAUUUAUGUACAAAAACCAAUAACCAAACUCACACACACACAAUCACAACACAUACACAUACAGAAACACACACACACACACAGAUAUGCUAUUAUGAAGUUAGGGUUUUCUGUUAGAUUACUUGUAACGAUAAUCAAUCGACUUGUGAAGAAGGUUUUAAUAUUAUGGCCAUGAAGAAAUUUUGAAUCUGGUUAAAUCAAUUUUAUAUUCAAAUAUAUUAAUGCAAAAUAUAUUAAAAAAUUUUAAAAUA